UCGCACUUUUCAAGAGUCACAUCCUUUUCGCUAUCGUUACUUCCUCUCAUUCGCCACGACAGUGCCCUUGCGUCAGAGUGCGCGAUGGCCAAGUGCUUCUGACCAGCUCGACAACCCAACUACCGCAUCCCUCCCUUUCGCUCUCGGCCGCUCCCCUCCCGCGCGCGCUGAAGGCUGAUCGACGCCCUCCACUUUGUGUCUCUCCCCAGCCAGAAAUCAAUCACAAGACAUUUCCCUUGUUCACAUCAACUCGACCAACCUCAUACUCGUCGCACCUUUCUCCUCCUUUGUGACCCUUCAUCAUGGCUGUGGUAGCCUCUACGAUGGGCAGAGUGCUCGAGAGACCCGCCACGGCCACCCUGGGCAACGGCGACGAGGUCACCAUCAACGACUAUGUAUACUUUGCACCUCCCUGGUCUGAGCGUGACGGUUCCCCAUACUCGAUCGCUAGGAUCAUCGAGUUUCUGCCACCGACUGCGGCCAAGUACAAUCACAACGUGAACAAGGGUCCGAGCAAAGAGCGACACGUCAGAAUCGCACUUUUCUAUCGACCGAGCGAGAUCUCGGGCAGGCUUGCGACCGAUCACCGACUGCUACUCGCUGCGAUUCACUCGGAGGUCCACCCGGUCUCGUGGCUCCGAGGCAAAUGCUGGGUUCGACACCGGGAAAAGAUCGAAAACCUGCAAGAAUGGAAGAAGAAGCCCGACCACUUUCACUACUCUCGGCUGUUUGAUCCGUACAUCAAACGAGAGUACGAGAUGAUCAGGACGACGACCGUGACCAAUGUACCUGACUACGUGCGACGAGUGCUCGCCAAGCGAUAUGAAUUCCUCGUUGUCGAGAAGGAAAUGGUGGCGGACCUGACGGAUGCCUUUAGAACUUGUCGGACAUGCCUCGAAUGGGCUGCUAGUCAGGAAAGCGUCAAGUGCGAGAUCUGCAAAGCAUGGUAUCACAUGGACUGCGUCAGCCCGCCUCUACCUGCGAAACCGACCAGGGGCUACAGUUGGAUGUGCUCACAAUGCAUGCACGACCGCGUCAGCCGGACAGGAGGUAAACCAGAGGAUCGCGUUGCCACGAUUCCGAUGACACAAAUCGCUUUGGCUCGAGCAAGUCGGGGCAAGGCCAAGGAAAAAUCAGUGCCCAUCGAUUACGACAAGCCCGACGCCUUUUUUAGGGGUUGGAAUUUCCGUUACUUCGGUCAAUACACGGUAGCUGAGCAUUCGGUCGAUUCGGACGAUCCGAUCUUUCCUCGUCAAGUGACCCGUCUUGGUCAGCGCUACCAGGCUGUCGUCCCGACGUGGGAGGAGCAACAAGUGCUUGAAAAGGCGCGAGCUGCAAACACGACGCCAGACGAAGAUUUGCCGGAAAGAGGUACUGCUGAAGAGGGAUGUUUCAGCACACCACAAAGCGAUCCCGAGGUCGCAAUCACCAAAAUGCGGACGAUGCGUCUCGCUGUUCCCGGCUACUCUGUCGAAGCAUACGACCACACUCUAUUACGGAAUGCAAUCUCGGGUUCGACAAAUCUGGAAAAGUAUUUGUCUUCGAGAACAGCAGAGGAUUUUGGUGGCAAACGAUACGUGCGAGACUUGAACCCUCAAGAACUGGAGAUCUUCGAAACCGAAUUGAUGCGAUGGGGCUCUUUGGAAGCGCACGAGACGGCCAAGAAACUCAAUCGAGAACCAUGGGAAGUCGUUCGAUUCUACUACAAGUGGAGAAACGAGAAACUGGCCUCGGAGAAUGCGACGAUUCGGGACGAGAUAGCCCAUGCCAAGACAGAACGGCAAAGGCAGAGGCUUCAGCUUAGCUAUAGUCUCCACGAGCCACCAGAUGUUCCAGUCAAGGCGAAAAAGGAAGCCAAGGCGAAGGGGAAGAAGGCUCCGAGGUAUCUGCCCAAGAAUCACAAAGCCGUCACGGGUGUGCAGAGCGGUGCCGCCUCGGUACUAGGUCAUCAACGGGAAGCCACUCCCGAGACCGAUGCAGAAGGUUCGGUGUGGGAAGAAGAAGAGUUGACGAAUGCCAAGCCAGCUUGUGCGGCUUGUGGAGUCAAGAAGGAUACCAAGUGGUGGAAGGCAGCCCGAUCGCAACAGGGGUCGUAUCUCUGCAAUCAUUGCGGUUCCUCUUACCGUAAAUACGGUGUAUCUCUCCCAUACCGUGCGCAUCUCGAGCGCUUGACGGGUGAGAAGCGCGCCAGCACGCCAAUAGACGAGCCGAGCAGCAAGAGGCAGAAGAUUGCCGCCACAGCCGGCGGUUCCAAGGCAGGUACACCACCGCCGCCGCUACCAGCGCCCGCCAAGCUGGCUCCUUGCGCUUACUGCUACAAGAUGGAACCGAAACCGAUGGCUCGCUGUCGCAAUUGCACUUUUGCAGUGCAUCCAGGCUGUUAUGGUGUCCCCAAGGAGGAGAUUACGGAUAUGUGGCUUUGCGAUCCGUGCGCCAAUGAAAAGACCUUGGAGGCGUCCCUCGACAUCACAUGCGUAUUGUGCCCAAAAAGCCUGCCCAACUUGCGUCGACCGCUCGCAUAUCGACCCCGUGUCAUGCCCGAGUUCGACUUUCUCCAGGCCGUCAAGCCGACCGAGGGGUACAAGUGGACCCACGUCUUGUGUGCAACGUUCACACCGGAUCUACAAUGGUCAGAUGGCGGACAUCUACAAUUGACCGAAGGCAUCAUGUCAUUGAAGCCGAAUCAAUUUGGAGAUUGCGACAUUUGCGGACAAUCACGAGCAGGCGUGACCAUUCGUUGUGGCGAUUGCCCUCGACGGUUCCAUCCAGCUUGCGCGUGGAUGUCUGGAUACCGUUUCGCGUUCGAGAUGCACUCAACAACCGGUGGCAAGUAUCGACGAGAAAAGGCCGAAGCUUCGAUCAUCACGUUCAAGGGUGUUACCGGUGUCUUGACGCCGCAGUGUCUGUGUACCGAUCACUCGAUCUCAAAGGACAAGCGGUACUUUGACAUUACGGAUAUCGACCCGGUCUCUGGCUUGUCGGCACUUCAAGCAUACGCUAACUCGGCAGGUCAGGUACCACGGGAGCAGUCGUUCGGUUUGUUGCGCAAAGCCAAACGAUUGGAGGACCAGGUGGCCAAGUGUCGAUUUUAUGGCGAGACAAAGGUGGACACUUCGUCCGAUCCUUGCUGCAUCGAGUGCGGGACGGACGCCUCGCCCAAAUGGUACCCGCAAAACGAUGGAGCCAUACCGACAACACCGACGACGGCACAAUCGACCACGAGCAAGAAAUCGUCGGCCCCGAUCGGCCCGCAAAUCUGUCACCAGUGCUCGUUCCGAAAACGAGCCGGAGCCAUCAAAACGGAAUAACAACACGACGACGACGACAACAACGACACCCACGAAACACAUCUUGCUUACAUCAUCAUCUUGUAGAUAAUCAAAACCUCACGCGAUACCCCUCCGCACCCCCGUUGGCCAGUGGCCGCAUAACCAAGCGAAUGUAAUCAUUUAG